UUUUUGUUCAUAAUAUAAUAUAAUAUCAACUAUUUAUGGCUGCGGCUUUUUGUCUUAAUUCUCCACCUCUCAAUUUUCCGGCCUCAUCAUAUCCAUCCACCCGCCUCCGAAAACUAUCACUCACACGUCCUACUACUUUCUUAACUAAAGCUACUUCUCAAAACGACAACAACGAUGACGAAACGCCGUCGUUUAAUCCCUUUGGUUUCGUAACCGAUAAUCCUUCUAGCCGUAGCGCUAUUCAACUUCCUGAAGUUCCCGCUGAAGACGGCAACGUCGGCCAAAUGCUAUAUAGAAUAGAAGAUAAGGGAAAAGAAUAUGGUUCUUACAUCAAAUCCGGAGGCUUUGUAUGGUUUGUCAGGGAAACAGGUUCGUCUGAUGCUCGGCUUGGUCCACGUGGAACUGUUGUUUUCCUUCAUGGUGCUCCAACGCAAUCUUUCAGUUACCGAGUUGUGAUGUCCGAGUUGGCGGCUUCUGGUUUCCACUGUUACGCACCUGAUUGGAUAGGAUUUGGUUUCAGUGACAAGCCACAGCCAGGAUAUGGCUUUGACUACACUGAGAAGGAGUACCACGAACAACUGGAUAAGUUGCUCGAUAAACUGGAGAUCAAAUCUCCUUUCUCACUAGUGGUUCAGGGAUUUCUUGUUGGUUCUUAUGGAUUAACAUGGGCCUUGAAAAAUCCGAGCAGGAUAUCCAAACUUGUCAUAAUGAAUACUCCUUUGACAGCUGGGUCCCCUGUUCCAGGACUGUUUCAACAGCUCAGAAUUCCUCUUCUUGGUGAAUUCACUUGCCAAAAUGCUAUAAUGGCCGAGCGCUUUAUUGAAGCAGGUAGCGCUUAUGUCCUGAAGGUGGAAAAGGCUGAUGUUUAUCGACUACCAUAUUUGAAAAGCAGUGGACCUGGUUUUGCUUUGCUUGAAGCAGCCAAAAGAAUUAACUUCAAAGGAACAUCAGGCCAGAUAGCUGACGGCUUUGCAUCCGGAAAGUGGGAUAUACCAACACUAGUUGCGUGGGGUAUAUCCGACAAGUAUCUUCCUCAAUCAAUUGCAGAGGAGUUCCAAAAAGGAAACCCAUCUGCUGUAACUUUGAAAUUAAUCGAAGGGGCUGGUCAUAUGCCUCAAGAAGACUGGCCUGAGAAGGUUAUUGAUGCCCUGAGAUACUUUCUUUGAUUAUGAUACAGUUGUAAAUUGUAAGUAUACAUUUGUAUUGUGCAGUUGAAACACAUGUAGUUUACUGUAUAGCAUUCUAAAUUCACUGUAUGUAUCUCCUUUUAAAGUAAGCAGACAAGAGCCAUCCCAUUGACUACUUAAA